AUGGAUAUUAAGCAUGCGAAGGAUUAUCUUUACUGGCUAUACUAUCAAUACCUACUGGUCACCUGUUGCUAUGUGUUGGAGCCCUGGGAGCAAUCCAUGUUCCAUACUAUUUUUAUUACUGUUUUUGCUAUGGUGGUGUACACAGCUUAUGUCUUUAUACCUAUCCACAUCCAUUUGGCUUUUGAGUUCUUCUCCCAGAUAUUUGGAGACCAGCGUGAAAGUACUGUUGCCAUUAUGAACUGA